AUGGAUCAAUUCUACCUGAAAAAUGCAGCGCUCUACCAGACUUAUGUUGACAAACUGGAUCCCACUAAGUCUCCAUCACACUUUAUGAAUCAGCCUCCUCAGCCGACAAACAAAACAGCAGACAACAGCAAUCCAAAUAUGACCAUCAGCGUUCGGAUACGUCCGAUGCUAGAAGACGACAUUUCUUCUGGCUUUCCUUGCGCUAUCUAUCCGCGUCCUCAUGAUCUAACCGCCAAGCAACAAACCUUAGAUCUUCAUGAUCUCUACAAUCAUCCUCGAAGACCUCGUCCCAUCAUUAAGUCUUCAACGCAUAAACUUCAAAAUGUUUUUGAUGCUAGUGCAAGUACAGCGCAAGUUUACGAUGAGGUUGUGCGUGAUCUAGUCAUAUCUGCUGCAGACGGCAAACUUGGUACUUUGUUUGCAUACGGACAGACUAGUUCUGGCAAGACUUUCACAGUGACAGAAUUGCAGAAACUUGCUGUUGCGGACUUGCUGGACCGCCAUUCCGAGCUCCAUGUUACUGUCGUCGAAUUAGCAGGCAAUGUGGCCUUCGAUCUCUUCAACCAACGUGAGCGAAUUGCCGUUCUUGAGGACGCAACUGGAACCACGCAACUCGUCGGAGCCAUCGAGCAUCAAAUCAAUACCAAGUCUCAGGGCAUCGAGUUACUAGAGAAAGCAAUGUCAUUCCGACGCGCAGCGCCCACACUUAAGAAUCCUGCCUCGUCACGUUCCCACUGUAUCUGCCGCAUCAAAGUCACACAACCAGAUGCCUCAACCCACGGCUUCCUCUACAUGGUCGAUCUAGCCGGGUCCGAAAUCGCACGCGAUGUAACAGAACACGGGCCCGAAUUGAUGCGCGAGACCCGCGAAAACAACGUCAGUCUGUCAGUUCUUAAGGACUGUAUUCGGCAAAGAGCAUUAGCGGCGACGAGCAAGAAGAAAGUCCAUGUGCCGGUACGAGGAAGUACGUUGACAAAGAUCUUGAAGCAUGUGUUCGAUCCUGAGGGAGGCCAAGAGUGUAAGACGGUGGUGAUUGCGUGCUUGAACCCGAGUCUUGCGGAUGUUGCGUCGUCCAAGAAUACAUUGAGGUAUGCAGAAUUGUUGGGCAAGAUAGACUGA